UCGGUGAGUUCACAUAAGUGUUCAACAACACAAGUCGAGCAGUGAUUAAUUUUAAAAUACCAGUUUACUUGACCUCGUGAUUGUUGAGAUGCCUAGUUGUUUGAUAUCAUGAAUGCAGUGCAAGAGAUAGAAGAUUUCUAUGGUGUGUAUUUACUGGUUAGUAAAAGUUCUAAUCCGAAGUUUGUUGGACGCACCUAUAUCGGCUAUACCGUUGAUCCCAACCGAAGAAUUAAGCAGCACAACAAGGGUCAGGAUGGUGGAGGAGCCAAAAGAACAUCCAACCGCGGUCCUUGGGUCAUGGUAAUGAUAGUUCACGGUUUUCCGAAUAACAUAUCUGCUUUGAGGUUCGAAUGGGCUUGGCAGCAACCCAAAGUUUCCAGGCGGUUAAAACAGAUUCCUGAGCUGCAAAAGAAACAACGCAAAGAAAGCGACUUUGAGUACAAUUUUCGCAUUCUAACAGAGAUGUUACGAAUCGGGCCGUGGAAUCGUCUUCCGCUUACAGUGCGUUGGUUAGCAGAAGAGUUCCAUAGAGAAUUUGAGGUUGGGAAGUCACCACCCAUGCAUAUGCCAAUUUGCUUUGGACGUGUCAAAAAAGUGCCUAAACAUAGUAAAGUUACCAGCAAUGGUAGACAACCUAGGAAGGAUAAAAAAGUUGACGGCGCGCAGACUGUUGGUAAUAAUAAGAAAGUUACCGUUGAUUAUGAUGUUGAUGUGGAUGAGUAUGAUUUGAUCGUAAUGAAUGCAGAGGAAAAGAGGGAACAAAUUAGCAAUAUUUGUGUAUCAAGAGCAACGCAGUUGGAUUCGGUUGGUGGUGACAUAACAGUCAUUUCGGAUGAUGAGAAAAACGAUGAUCAACCAACAGCCGAUACAGAGAAAACCCAAUCGAUCUCUAAUUGUAUGAUAUGUUGCAAAUUGAUUCGUUCUGGUCUUGAUGGGAACGAUUUCUCAAUACGCUGUAUACGUCCUUGUUGUAAGUUUACUAGUCACAUUGAAUGCUUGGCAGGCCGCUGUUUGGAGCCUGGUCAGUAUGUACCCGUCGAGGGCAGCUGCCCUAUCUGCGAUUGUCACUUUUUGUGGGGGGAUUUAAUCAGGAAGGCUAAUGGGUGUAGUGAUUUAGUUAGUGAUAUGGACAGCACAGACGUGUUUGAGGUGGAGGAUGUCUCGGAAAGUGAUGGGGAGCAAUGAUUAACUAGAGGUAGUACAAUUUAAGUGCUGUGAAUGAGUUUAUAUUCGAUGUAGUGUUUGUUAUGUAGAAUAGUAAAUAUUAACACUAUUUUCUUUGGUAAAUGAACGGACAAAAAGAAAUAACCCUUUUCCCCCAACUCAAGAAAUUAUUAGGGGAGACCGGGGCUAGACCGGCACAGGGUUAAA